AUGGCUGGUGAACGGGCGGUCAGGGCACCCAGCAACGGGCACUCGAUGGACGCCGAGACCACCUCACCCGUGCUCCUAGCCUUGGCCAAGCGUCUUCGCAAUCAGCGAAAGAAGCUGCGUGGCAUCGAUGAGAUUCAAGCCAAGGCUGAUGUCGGCAAGGCCCUCAACGCCGAUCAGGAGGCAGCCCUGGCCAGCAAGGCGUCCAUCGUGGCAGCGGUGGAGGAGCUGGAGCGGCUGACCAAGCUGCUGAAGGAGCCACUGGCCGAGGAGGUGGCCGCUGCCAGGCAGGAGGGCGAGGCUGCUGCUGCCGCCCGUGCCCCACCUUCCCCCACCAAGUCUGAUGCGGAGUGGCUGGCCGAGAGGGAGGAUGCCGUGGCCAAGGCUGUGGGCCCCCUGCGUCAGCAGCUGAGCGAGGCGAAGACGAACGCCGCCGCAGACGCCAAGGCCGCCAAGCUGGCCGCGGCCGCCCGAGAGGCAGCUGCCAAGAAGGAGGGCGAGGCCCUGGUGGGGCGCCUGGUCGAGCUCCUGUACUUUGCCACGGUGCUGGACCCCUUUGCGCUGCAGCACGACGUCUCGCACUACGAGCGCCACGUUUGCCUCAUGUACGCCCAGCAGGCGGGCAUUCCCCUGACCCCCGCCGACAUCACCAACGUGGCCGUGUUUGCGCGCAUGGUCUCCAGUCGCGUGUUCAACACCCAGCUCAGCCAUGCCGAGGCCCUGGGCCUGAGCAAGGACCUGGCCCUCAAGGCUCUGCUCCACCCCAACGAGCCGCUGCUGGGCGACGCCACGACGGGCGCCGACCUGGCCGAGGUGGUGAAGAGCAUCCAGGCCCUGGACUACGUGGCGCUGGUGCCCAACCUGCAGGGCGUGGCUGGGGACGCGGGCCCGGCGCCCCGCCCAGGCCACGAGCACGAGGGCCCAGGCGCGGGCCCACGCCGCCAGUUGGGCGACCCCGCCGUGGUCGGCCCCGUGGUCGGGUCCGUGGCCGGCCCCCCCUCCCUGGCCGGCCCCGGUGCCGGGUCGGCUGCUGCGGCGGCGACGGAGGGCGGCGAGGCUCUGACCCCCGCGGCUGCGGCCGCCGCCUCGGGCGAGAACCUGGUCGACCACUUUUUCGGGCAGGCGUCUUCCCGCCCCGCCUCGCGCCAGGCCGAGGGACUCCCGCGCCUGACGAUGUUCAUCAAAAGUGCGCACAGAGCAACCGUCACGAGAGCGGGCAGGGCGCGGGUGCAUGCAGUGUGA